CACAUUUUUUUGAAACGUUAUUUGUUUCAUAAAAAUAGUUAAAUAUCACUAAAAUGUCUUAAAAGUGGUAAAGAAAGAAACCAAAUUAUUUUCGUCAUGACAUUUGUUUGUUUUGAUAUCUGGAGUGUAUUGUAAUAUUUAUUUUGAAUCAAUGCUAUAAGCUUCUAAUCAAAAAUGGAAGGUGGACAGUGGAGAAAUAGCAUUAUAAAUCAAUUGCAGUCAAGAAAUAAGAGGGAAACAACAGCAUUUCAAGACAUAAUAGCCUUUCAAAGCAGACUGUUUGACAAUGUUAAUACUUUAAAAAAUGAAAAUCUACAGUUAACAUUACUUAACGAGAGAAUUCGUUACACCAGCACAGAGAGUGUUCUUUCUAAUGCAGGAGGUGCCAGUAAUGAAAGAAUACAAGCUUUAGAACAAAAAAUAUUAGCUCAGCAAGAGGAACUAACUUCAUUACACAGGCGUCGGGGAGAGAGCGCACAGCAAAUAAUAAGUUUGAAUGCAAAAGUACAUGAGCAAGAAAAGAGUCUACAGGCGAAAGAUAUUAUAAUUUCAGAAAACACUGCACUAAUAGCAUCAUUAAGAGCUGAAAUCCAGUUGUAUGAAUCAAAUAUGGCCGAGUUACAAGGACUCAAUCAAGUUAUUAGAGACGAAUACCAAGCAUUACAAAUAGCUUUAUCAUCUGUUGAAGAUAAAUUAAGAAAAGCACAGGAUGAAAAUCGAUCUUUAGUUGAACGUCUAAUUAAAUACAAAGCUAAAGAUGCUGACAAAAUGAAUGAAGAAAAUGAACAUUUUCUAAAGUCAAGCAACCCUACUGCGUUUUUCAUCAACACCUUUGGUAGAGUUAGUUUCGGGAAGAAGAGUGACAAAGUCCGCAAGGAAUUGGAAGACGCGGCGAGAGAGGGUAGUAGUAGAAGUAGCGGUGGCUCCGGAGGUUCCAAUGACGACAAAAUCAUGGAUACUAUUCAUUACUACACGUCAACUUUGCCCACCAAAGUUAGCUUAAGAUUUGACGCGCACGACGGUGAAGUAAAUGCAGUCAAAUGGAGUCCUACAGACAAAAUAUUAGCAACAGGAGGUGCGGAUAGAAAAGUUAAAUUAUGGGAUAUGUCGAAGAGUGUAGUGGAAAGCAGAGGUGUUUUAGUGGGGUCUAACGCGGGCGUGAUGUCUGUGGACUUCGACUCGACGGGCGCGUACAUAGUGGGCGCGUCUAAUGACUUCGCGAGUCGUGUAUGGACGGUCGGCGAUCAGCGGUUAAGGCACACGCUAACUGGUCACAGCGGUAAAGUGAUGGCCGCUAAGUUUCUAGAAGAACCCACCAAAGUAAUAACCGGCAGCCAUGAUCGAACGCUCAAAGUUUGGGAUCUUAGAAGUAGAAUGUGUACAGAAACAAAGUUUGCGGGGUCGUCCUGCAACGAUCUGGUGACGUCAGACGGUGCGGGCUCCACUAUCAUUUCGGGACACUUCGACAAACGGAUCAGAUUUUGGGACAUACGCACAGAGAUGUCAGCCAAUCAUAUCGUAUUACAAGGGAAAGUCACAUCACUAGAUCUCAGUAGAGAUAGUAAUUAUUUACUAGCGUGCGUGAGAGACGACACAAUACAGCUAAUAGAUCUCCGGAUGAACACUAUAGUGCGGUCGUUCAGCCACGAGUCAUUCAAAGUGGGUUGCGAUUGGUCGCGAGCGGCGUUCGGUCCGGGCGGUCGCCUGCUGGCCGUGGGCGCUGCGGACGGGUCCGUCUACGUUUGGAACACGCACACGGGAAAAUUGGAAACUAUAUUAAAGGAGCACUCGACGGCGGUGACGGCAGUGUCGUGGCACCCUCAGUCGGGGCUGCUGGCGUCCGUGGACCGGGGCAAGCGAGCUCUCGUGUGGGGUGACUUGUGACACGCAUGGGACUGCGAUCCGCAGACGACGAAUAUACCACAGGCCACGAGUGAGGAGGUGGAGUCGGAGACGUUCGCGGAGGGUGCAGAGGUUCUGGACUUCUUGCGCGGCGUUACCACCGACCUGCUGCAGCGCUUCGCGUAACUCACUCUGUCCGCAACAACACGACGACUCUUACCAGACACUAUUAUUCUCCAAAAUCAUGCACCAUAUGAAUAUAAGCCUUAGUUUUACUGCAACACUAUAUCUAUCAAUGUGUAAAAUUUGCAGUUCAUUAUUUAGUAAAUUUGUGAAUUUUUUUUUAAAUGUAAAUUAUAAGAAAAGGUGCUUUAACACAUGUGAUCGGGUUACACGCGGCUACAAA